AUGAAUAAUCUCAACUAGAAAUAAAUGAUAGAAUAUUUUGUUUAACUUAAUUUAAGUCUUGGCCUUGAUUUAAUUAAGACUUAACAUAGCUUAGAGAUUUUUUAGAAAUUAGAACCCAUUUAGAUUUUUACUAAGCAUAAUUUUUUUCAAGGAUUGUUAAGAUUAAAAGAGUCAUAAAUGCAUCAUUACAGGUAAAUUAAGAACAAAGUUAUUAAGUAACACUCUGAUCUAAUUUAGAUAAUUUCAUCACUAAAUUCUCAUCAAAUUUCCAAAUACCUUAAGAAUUUACUUAAUUCAAUAAAUCUUCUAGUUUUGGCAAAGACACUUAACCAUUUUCUGAAAGCUUUUGAAUUGAAGCAUGCUAUUAUUUUAUUUCAUUAAUUUAUUUUCUGCAUAAUUAGUCAACUUAAACUAAUUCUUUUUAUUUUUAAUCUUUAAUAACAUUUGAAGGACUUAAGGCUCUUUAACGAGAGGACAUAGAAAAAUUAUUAUUUAAAUUUUUAUUAUCUUAAUGAGAUUCUGGUUAUAUUUGCUCUUUUUCUUAAAAACUUAAACAGUCUCCAUCAAUAACACAUUCUGGUUAUAUUUGCUCUUCUUAAAAACUUGAAUUCUCUUCCUCAAAUUCACAUUCAUCAUCAUCACUAUCUUGACAAUCAGCUUCAAAUAAUUAUUAUUUUUAUAUUUAUUAUUAAUCAUAAUCGUUUUUAUGGUGCUAAUGAGAUUAAAUUUUAGAUUCAUUUUAUUGCUAUUAUUGCUGUUAUACUGAGUUUUAAUUAUAAUAUGGAACUGAAGAUUUCUAAAUCAUAUUUGAUUUACCAAAUGAAGGAGGAGGAAUACUUGAAGAAAUAGCACUAUAAUUAGGUUUAUUAGGAGGAUUACUAAAAGUAUUAGCAUUACAGCUAGCUAGAGCAGGAGGAGGAGGAGGAGGAAUAUUAAAAGUAUUAGCACUACAGCUAGCUAGAGCAGGAGGAGGAGGAGGAAUACUACAGCCAAAUGGAGGAAGAUAAGAAGAGCUAGGUGCAGGAGGAGCGUUAAAAUUCAUUAUAGGAUCACAAUAAUUUUAUUAUUGGUAUCCCAUUUAAUUAUAAUUAGGUAUUUAUUAUGGGAGAGCUUAUUAUUACUAAAUGGCAAAGCUAAUUGGAUUAGAACAGUAUUAAAAGUUAGGUUAUUAUAAACUCAUGCCAAAUAAAGAUCCUAUAGGAGGAGGAGGUAUACUACUUUCUUAAUUAUAAAUCUAUUAUGUAUUUUCAUAUUUUUUACUGUGGUUAAGAUUUUGAUACAUUAUUUUUUAUUCGUCAUUUAACGUUUCGAUUACACAUAUCAAAGCAGUUUUUUUAGUUAGAAGCUAAAAGUCAAUUGCCUGCUAAAUUAACUAGCUAUUUGAGUUUUCAUCGAUUUUUUCAUUCAAAUGGAAUUAUUUACCUAUCUUAAAAACAGUCUAUUGAAGUUGUGGAUUGCAAGUAAAGCUGUCUUACAUUUCCAAUUUUAUUUCCUUCUACACCUUUUGUUUUUUAUGCGAGUCAUAGUAUUCUAUCUAUAUCUUUUUUUAUUAUUCUGUCAAAUUUUGUAACUCAACAAGAGGUUUGA